GUCACACCAAGCGGGAGCUUGAAUAGUAGUCUACAGCGAGGAGCGCCUUCGAUCGAUCAUGGCGCAGGAGGACGGCAUGAAGCCAGUGCCCGUCACGAUGCUCAGCGGCUUCCUGGGCGCGGGCAAGACCACGCUGCUGCGCCACGUGCUGCAAAACAGCGACCUGAAGAUCGGGUGCAUCGUGAACGACGUGGCCAGCGUGAACAUCGACGCCAAGCUGAUCCGCGGCGCGGCGGCGCCCCGCGACGGCCAGCCCGCCACCGCCACCACCGCCGACCUGGCCGACACGAUUGAGCUGGCCAACGGCUGCGCCUGCUGCAGCAUCGCCGACGAGCUCUUCUCCAGCUUCGAGAACCUGAUUGCCCUGUCGGACAAGCGCGGCGUGCCGUACGACAGGAUCAUCCUGGAGAACAGCGGCGUGGCGGAGCCGCAGAACAUACGGGACCAGUUCAACGACGCCGUCGCCGAGGGCAACCCGCUCACCAGGCGCCUAUACCUCGACACGCUGGUCACGGUCGUGGACAGCCACACCUUCAUCCAGGACUACUCCUCCCGCUCCUCGCUGGCCGCCCGCCCCGACCUGGGCGACGGCGGCAGCCUGCGGCCCGUGGUGGACCUGCUGGUGGAGCAGAUCGAGGUGGCCGACUACGUGGUGCUCAACAAGGUGGACAUGAUGAGCGAGGGCACCAUGGGCUCGCUGGCCGCCAUCGUGGCCGCGCUCAACCCGCUGGCGCAGGUGGGGCUGCUGCUGAUGCCGCUGCCGCCGUUUCUGCCGCCGCCACCGCCAUUGCUGCCGCUGCUGUUGCUGCCGCCCCUGCCCCUGCCGCUGCUGGAGCGGCAGGAGACGACGGCGGCGCAGCGGUUUGGCAUCAAGAGCUUCGUCUACGCGCGGCGCCGGCCCUUCCACCCGCAGCGGCUCAAGGACUUGGUGCUGCGGUGGAUGCCGGUGUCCCACAACAAGGCCAUCGGCGACGCCGCUCCGGAGCAGGGCGCCUCUCCCAUUAAGACCGUGCUUCGCUCCAAGGGCUUCAUGUGGAUCGCCAACUCCCACACCACCGCCUUCUACUGGAGCCACGCGGGCCAGCACUUUGAGAUACGGGAUGAGGGGGAGUGGUGGGGCGCGGUGCCGGAGAGCGACUGGCCAGAGAGCAAGGCGCAGUGGGGGGUCAUCCUGGCAGACUUUGAUGCAGAGGGGGAGUAUGGGGACCGUCGCCAGGAGAUUGUGUUCAUCGGCGCCAGCAUGGACCGAGCGGCGAUCGAGCGGCAGCUGGACUCGGCGCUGCUCACAGACAAGGAGAUGGAGCAGUACCGCACGAACUACGCCAAACAGCCCGACCCGCCCCGCCCCGGCCUGGUGGCCAUGCGGCAGCAGCAAUAGCAGCAGCAGCAGCAGCAGCAGCAGGCGGCAUGAGCAGCAGCAGCAGGCGGCGGCGGAGCCGGCUGCAGCGGAGCUGGCAGCAGCGAUGCCAGCAGCGCCGAUCUCUGCAGCCGUGCUUGCAGGCGUGCCAUGCUGCCCACGCGCAGCCGCUUGCAGCACCGCAAUGUUCUAUACCCAAUGGAUUUUCUGAUCAAUGAACAAUCUAGAACCU